GGUGAGAGUAGGAAGCUCUAGCCCUGUGAAGUACGGAGACGGUCCAGAGAUAAGUCGACGUGCUAGUGACACAUUGGAAGUGUCUGGGAGGAACCAGAAGAACGCCGAAAGAAGGCAUCCGGCUGCUGCAUUACUUUUCAGAGCUACAUUCCCAAUACUGUCGAAGUAUUCACUAGCCAAGUAUUUGUGAAAUCCAAAAAGACGUGUGAAACCACACGGUUUCCGAACAAUCCCCCAGGAAAACAGCUGAUAACAAGAGCUUGCUAAGACCCAUUUUACCGAGAUCACCAUGGGAUCCAGAGCUUCGACAUUGCUGAGAGAGGAGGAAAUUGAAGAAAUCAAAAAGGAGACGGGCUUUUCACACAGUCAGAUCACCCGGCUCUACAGUCGCUUCACCAGCCUGGAUAAGGGAGAGAAUGGCACUCUGAGCCGAGAGGAUUUUCAGAGGAUCCCGGAGUUGGCCAUUAAUCCUCUGGGAGACAGGAUCAUCAAUGCCUUCUUUCCGGAAGGGGAAGACCAGGUGAACUUCCGGGGCUUCAUGCGGACCCUGGCACAUUUCCGCCCGAUUGAGGACAACGAGAAGAACAAGGACCCCACUGCUACUGAGCCCCUCAACAGCAGAACCAACAAGCUGCUUUUUGCUUUCCGGCUGUAUGACCUGGACAGGGAUGAUAAAAUUUCUCGGGACGAGCUCCUGCAGGUUCUGAGGAUGAUGGUGGGAGUGAACAUCUCAGAUGAGCAGCUGGGCAGUAUCGCAGACCGAACCAUCCAGGAGGCUGACCAGAACGGGGACAACUCCAUCUCCUUCAAUGAGUUCAUCAAGGUGUUGGAGAAAGUGGACGUGGAGCAGAAGAUGAGCAUUCGCUUCUUACACUAGAGGGGCGUGCUGCACGAUGAGACUCUGAGCAGAGUGACCCCUUGCCCAUCGGAACAAAACCCACUGCCCUUUCCACACACCAGGGGCAACAAGCUUACUACAUAUGCUUUCUGACCAAGAAAAUGGUAGAUAAUAUUGUCAGGUGUUUUUUGUUUUCAAUCACCGACUUUCUGCCUUGCACCGCUGUGCAAAACAAAGGGAAUACUUACGUGCUUCGGAAUGUUUAAUUUUGUUAUAGUGGUGACGUGGAAACUUACAUUCUGGAAGGUGACCCCUAUUCAAG